AUGCCACAGAACGACAGCGUAAUGGGCAUCAAGGCUAGGGUUAUCACCUCCGAGACCCAAGAGCGCUUCAAGAAUCCAACGAAGUAUGGAACAAAUCGGAUGAAGAUUGUUUGCUCGACCAGCCAACCCGACUGCAGUCAUUGGGAUGGCAAUGUUGGAUACGGCGCUGAGGAGGGCGACACUGAUGACUGCGUGUCCAAGAUGGCAGCCCUUUUUGACGACCUAGAUCGAGCGCUAGACCUCACGGAUGCCGCCGAGGUGAGGCGGAAGGUUGAGACUAUUUACGGAGCACAGCCUUCACAAACCAACUCUGGUGGAGCGGGUCCGGAAACAAUCCGUGAGCGCGCGUUCAACAAGUCUAAAUUCCCUGAGAUGGAGUAUGAGACUGCCGCCAAGAUAGUGAACGCGCUCCGACUAUUCGUCGCCAAAAGCCAGGCUGCUCCAGCAGGCGAAUCCGGCUUCCGUCACCCUUCGCGGUCCGUUAUUCUGUUGACACCCUUUGCCAUUAUCGCCAACUCGACUUUGCAGACCGCUGUCUACCACAGGUUUACUAGGAGGAUAUGUCCCAUCCCGUUAGGUACGUCAACGCACCCCUUGCUCCUCAAUGCUGCAACCAUCUACGAGGUGCUAGCUAGUCGUGGAAUGAGCCAUUUUGACGUUCUGGAGCCAGGUACCUCUGAACGAACUAUCAAGUGGGCGCAACAGGCGGGAGACAUCGCUGGGAGACAAGUAACUUUUGAAGCUAUUUUCGACAUGGAGAAGAUUGGUCGAUUCCAGAUGCACACUUACGCUGAACGUUGCACACAUUUCGCUGCUCCCCCAACCGUUGCGCUCAUAAGCAUUUGCACGAGGGAAACGAGGGAACCGAUUCUGGAGCGGACCGACUCUCAAGCCGUUCCUGUUAUUGCAGCUGCUGUCCCGGCAGCCAUGUACGUCGGAUCAAAGUUGGCGAUUCCCCGCGAUGCCAAACUGGCAAAGGGCCUCAUUAAUGCCAAGCUGGGCUACCGCACCUACGAAAAGAACGACACUAUCAACAUCGCCUACCGAUUCGAAGAGACCUGCAAGAAGCAUCCCAACCGCGAGGCCCUUGUCUUCGAAGGUAGAUCCUACACAUUCCAGGACAUUCAGCGAGAGUCCAACAGGUUCGGCAAUUGGCUUUUAUCAAAGGGUGUCAAGAGAGGAGAGAUCGUCGCGCUCUUCAUGCAGAACAAGCCUGAGUUCCUCUUUUGUUGGCUCGGAAUCAACAAAAUCGGUGCAACAGGUGCCUUCAUCAACACUAACCUCGCUGGCAAACCCCUCACCCACUCCCUUCGGACCGCUACGGCCUCGAUCUUGGUCAUGGAUGCAGAAUUGCCAAUCCCUAUCAGUAAUGUGCUUGGUGAGGUUAUCGAGAUGGGAUACAACGUCUAUUCGUAUGGGGGUCCGCAACAGCAUGACUUUGCGACUCCUAUUGACCUGUCUCUGGUCUCCGAUUCUGCCCUGCCCAGAAGUCUCAGAAAGAAGACAACUGCGAACGAUAUUGCUAUGCUGAUCUACACAUCCGGAACCACCGGCUUGCCAAAGGCUGGACGGUUCUCCCAUGCCCGUGCGAACGUUGCCGCACAUUUUUGGACUUCAUUCUACCACUUCAACGAGAACGACCGUCUUUACAUUGCCCUGCCCCUUUAUCACAGUGCAGGAGCUGUUCUCGGAAUCUGCGUUGCCUGGGUGACUGGUGCCACUGUGGUCCUCGCCCGCAAAUUCUCGACCUCAUCGUUCUGGGAUGAAUGCAGAUCCAACAAAGUCACCGUGAUCCAGUAUAUUGGUGAGAUCUGCCGCUAUCUUCUCAACGCGCCUCCAUCUCCCAUGGAUAAGACUCACACCAUCCGCAUGGCUCACGGCAACGGUAUGCGCCCUGAUGUCUGGAACCGCUUCCGGGACCGCUUUGGUAUUCCCCUAAUCGGGGAAUGGUAUGCCAGUACCGAGGGCACUGGUAUUUUGACCAACUACAACACCGGCCCCAACGGCGCUGGUGCUAUCGGAUACAGAGGAACACUUGCUCGGACAGUUGACAAAGGAUUGAAGAUUGCCCGUUUUGACAUCCAAACCGAGGAGUUGAUCCGCAACAAGAACGGUCGCUGCAUUGAGUGCGCCGCUGAUGAACCUGGUGAGCUAUUGACCAUUAUUGACUCUUCAGACCCCACUCGUGCCUUCCAGGGAUAUCACAAGAAUGCUAGUGCCAACUCCAAGAAGGUUGUGACAGAUGCAUUCAAAGUUGGUGACCAGUACUUUCGCACAGGAGAUAUUCUUCGUCGCGACGCAGAUGGCUACUUUUAUUUCGGGGACCGCGUAGGCGAUACUUUCCGCUGGAAAUCAGAGAAUGUGUCCACGGCGGAGGUGUCUGAGGUCCUUUCAACUUAUCCCGAUUGCAUUGAAGUCAACAUCUAUGGAGUCCAGAUCCCAGGUCACGAUGGUCGUGCAGGGAUGGCGGCGAUCGUCUCGAAGGGGACUAUGAACUGGGAUGACUUUGCCAAGUUUGCGCUCAAGAACCUCCCCAAAUACUCCGUCCCGAUCUUCAUCCGCAAGGUGCCUGAGAUGGAGAUUACAGGAACGUUUAAGCAGAGGAAGAUCGAGCUGGUGAACGAGGGUAUGGACCCUACGAAGAUCAAGGACGAGAUGCUUUGGCUCGACGGCCACUCCUACAAGCCCUUCAAGAGCCCCGAGCAUAGCCGUGUAGUUAGCGGUCAAGCAAAGCUGUAG